ACGGCGCCUGAGCCAGUGGCGGCGGCCGUUGCUGCGGGGUGUUUGGUGAAGGAACCAUGCCCGAGUACCUGCAGGAUCCCUCUGUGCUCACCAAGGAGCGGCUCAAGACUGAGCUGUUGGCGCAUAGCGUCCGCCUGCCGCUCGGCGACCAGCGCAAAGAUGUCUAUGUGCAGCUCUACCUCAAGCACCUGACGGCCCGCAACAGCCGCCGCAGCCCCGACUUCUCCAGCGACGAGGAGGAGGGCCUGGGCUCGAGCCGCCCGAACAGGAAAUCCACAAAGAAGACGGACAAAACUAAUACAACAAUGAACAAUUUUAUUGAUGUGACUCAGAUAACAAACGAAAACUUGAGAGAACAACUAAUGAAGUAUGGGUAUUCUGUCGGCCCUAUUGUGGAUACCACGAGGAAAGUCUAUGAGAGGAAGCUGGAGCAGCUGAUGGACCAAGCUUCAGCAGUAACUGAGGAAAACCAGCCAAAUGGCAGCACCGAUUCUGAUCAGUUCAGUGACACAGAAGAAGAUGUCAUUGUUGCAAAAGAGCUGUUCCCAACCAAAACCAAGACCCCUGUGACCAGGCAAAGAAAAACAGAUAGCAAUCAGGUGGAACAAAAAGAAGUAGUGAAGGACAACUUGCUGGAGGAAAUGCCCCCCACUGAGGCACCAACACUCACAGGGAUAAGUGCCACUUGCCGUAAACCAAUCAGAGGGGCUGCUGGGAGACCAAUUGAGUUCACGUACAAGGACGCACUUCCGAGAAGGCCUGUACCCCAGCUGCAGCCAUUGUCACAGGUCAAACCAGAGAAGAGAAAAAGCCAACGCUCCGUGCCCAUCUGGAUACAGAUUGUGGUGCUCCUCAUCGUGGCAUUCUUUCUAUUCCUGGUUUAUCAGGCCAUGGAAACAAAUAAAGGCAAUCCAUUCCCUAUGAUUCCAGAGGUCCCUGGACAAGCAGCUGGUAGUCAGUGAGCUGGGUCAUGCAAUAUACAUAACCAUGGGCAUGUCCUCAUCCAGGUCUGAAUGAACAAUUUUGUUUUUGUUUCAAAGUGGACAGGCUGGGGACAGGGUUAAGAGAGAUAGCUGAAGGAAAUCGAUUAUGAGGUAAUGUUCCUUAAUGUUGCAGAAAAGGAAAUUGGGCAGCUGAACUAAAAUGGACAUAUUCAUGCCUUUGCACUUCAGGAUCACUUGAUUCAAAUUUAAAGCCUCGGGUUUGUUGGUAAAUUAUUUUUCUAAAUUUGAACUUUUUUUUUAAGAAAAAAUUAUCACAGUACAAUUGGCACAUUCAAGGUAACAAAUGUACACUGAUAUUUGCUUUGCAUGUUUGUAGAAUUUUUAAGUAGUUUUCAAUAAAGAUUGUAUAUGAAGUCAGUAAUUCGCAACGCACAAAAUGCUGGAGGAGCUCAGCAGGCCAGAGAGCAUCAAUAGAAAGGAGCAAUCAAUCGACGUUUCGGGUUGAGAACCUUCAUCAGGACUGGAAAGAAAAAUCAGAAUUUAGAGUUAGUCCUUUUUACUCUGACUUUCUCUUACAUCUUUCUUUCCAGUCCUGAUGAAGGAUCUCAGCCCAAAACGUUGACCGAUUACUCUUUUCCAUAGAUGUUGCCUGGCCUGCUGAGUUCUCCAGCAUUUGUGUGUAUUGUUUUGGAUUUCCAGCAUCUGCAGAUUUUCUUGUGUAUGAAUCUUUUGUACUUUUUUAAGAUACUUUUAGCGCAUUCUUUAGGCAUGAUUAAUUUUCUAAAAGUAACAUGAUAAUGUAGACUUUGAAUAGUGUUGCUAAGGUAUUUCAGGAUUAAGACAGUAGGAAGCAUAACUGUAGCAUAAAUUUGAAAGACAAUUUGAGUAGACUGCAAAUUGUGUUGUGAGCCUUUGAAUAUAAGCUCUGAGACAUCAGAUAUUUUUCUUACUACCUUCACUGUGAUGUUUUCUUUGUUUUAUUACUAAGCAAUACAUAUUUACAGUUGAAAAUAUAGACGUGAAUUUUAAUUUUGGAGUGUCUUUUUAGAAGCGUGUUAGCAUUGCUGUCUGUUUGUAUUGAAGUAAUAUGACUUGAAUAUUGAUGGUAAUAGUAUUAUACAUCUUCGUAACAUAUUUCUUUCCUACGAACUAGUGACCAACAGGCUGUUCACUGCCACAGUAGUAUUCCAACAUACCUGGGGAUUCUCCCGAUCAAUUGCUGUAACUGAACCUGGUUAUGUCUCUACUCCUGGCUCUCCAUUCAGGUUAACUUGGAAGAUUGGGAAAUACCCCACAAAUUUUGGUUGACUGCUUUGACCAGCAUGUGUUGGCUUAGCCAACUAUUUUGUAGAACCCUGUGUGUUUUAACUUUAGUCUAUCUGUGAAAUAUUUGAAACCUCAUAAUGUUACAUUAGAGCUUCUUGUUGCAUUAGGUUUGGUCAGUUUUGUACAGGUAGAAUUGUCAUGAAAUGUCAUUGCAUUAUAAUGUGAUCUAGCAGAAUAAAAGCAUCAAUGGAAGUAUUUGUCAUCAUUCCUAAACUGCAUUCCAUUUAUUCCAGAAGUGAGUUAUAUAAAGUAGGCUAGUGAUUUCCUCAGUGAGCACCUCUGCUCCUUUUUUUUUAAAAAAAGGCCCUGACUGAAAGCAGGAAGUUUUAGUAACUAAAGAUGGAGAACAACUUCUGCAAAAUCAGCUGUAAAUACAUUACCGUUGGUAGAAGUGCUGCUGCAGUAAAGGAAUGUAGUAAAUCCUCCUUAAUUCUGCUUUCUCUUCACGUCCAUGGAUUGAACCAUGCCUUUGUUUUACAAUUAUCAACAAGGCUGUGAUGGUAAACUAACGAGCUUCAGAUCUCUCAGAUUUCUAUACAAUUAAUCAAACAACAAUGAAUGACUAGUGUUGGAGGUCUGAGUCAAGGUUUUUGGAAGAGAGAUUUGUAUGAUGGUUCUCAUGCACUUGAUGAUUGAAAUCAAUUGGGGGGGGGGAAUGACUCCAUCUGAAGUCUUACCAAAAUCAUUGAUGUACUUGUUUUUUAAUCUCACUCUUUACAAUUAAACAGAAGUUUGGCUGC